CAAACAAGACAAGUAAGUUCACGUUUAUUUUACGUUUGUCUUCGUUGCUUGGUUCUCUAGUGAAUCAGCUGAUGGUGAACGUAUAACGUGCCGCUACUUUUCGUGUUUAUAAACGUUUAACGUGCUCAAAAACAUGAACGAUAAAAUUAAUUUGUGUCGACGAUUUAUUCUUUUAUUGACAUUCAUCUUGUUUGGAUCACAAAGCAAUUCCCAACUCGUCAUUAACGUAAAAAAUCAGGGUGGCGAUGUUGUUCAGGAAACGAUAGCAGCAAAUGUGACAGAUGACACAGUUACUUUAGAAUUUCAAAGGCCUGACGGUACCCUCGUUACUCAACUCAUCGACUUCAGAAAUGAGGUCCAAAUCCUCAAAGCUCUAGUUUUGGGUGAAGAGGAGAGAGGUCAGAGCCAAUAUCAGGUGAUGUGUUUCAUUUUUCACACAACCAGGGACGCGUUUAUAUCAUCGGACGCAAUGUCAAAGUUAAGACAAAAGAAUCCAGGAACAAUUCGUACUCCUGAAGAAGAUCGCGGACGCCAAAACUACACCAUGACCUACAGUGUCGAUUUGGGGCGAUCGUCGAUUAUUUCCCCGCAUAUAAGCGACAUGUGUACCGAAGCUUCCGAUGCCACAUACACGAGAUACGAAGAUAUACAGCAGUGGGCGACAUCGCAAGGUCUUUCGGAAAACGUAUAUCUCAAUGCUGUGAAAAGAUUUCCUACAGGAACGGACCCAUUGCUGAACGAAAUAGGUGUUUCGGAUCAAGAUAAUGCCCUUCUCAGUUGUUCAGAAGUGAAAAAGGUGUGGUCCCCUUGUCAGUGUCAUUUAGAAUUGUGUAUCGGAUGGUAUCCUUGCGGUCUAAAAUAUUGUAAAGGUAAAGGGGAGAACAAAAACUCGGCAAUGACAUACCGAUGCGGGAUAAAAACAUGCCGUAAAUGCCAUCAUUUUUCGUAUUUCGUGUCGCAAAAGCAGUUGUGCCUGUGGGACGAGUGAUUAAUUUCAAACGCGCCAACUGACUUGUGUUUCGCGACAACUGCCUUAAAAUGAUUUCGUCAACUUGGACCAACAUGCCUUAGAAUAAGCGUAAUUUUUUAAUAUCCUUGUAAAUAUGUACGUACAUCGAAUCUUUUAAAUUAACAAUAAAAAAAAAAUACAAA